AUGUAUCAGAGAGGAAACAAAACUUCAGAGGCGAUAACUUUAGAGGUCGGGGAAGAGUUGUCAAAUUAUAUAGAAACCAUUGAGGAUACUAAAGCAGGAAGAGGUGUUGGUGUGAUUAAUCCCUCAGAAAUCAAGGUGGGAUGCGAGAAGUAUUAUCGAUACAUGGGUUCUCUCACAAUCCCUCCUUGUGAUGAAGGUGUCAUUUGGACUAUUAAUAAAGAGAUAAAAAGUGUGUCUAAAACGCAGUUGGAGUUACUAGAAGAGGUUGUUCCCGAUCAUGCAGAGAUGAAUGCUAGACCUGUGCAACUCCUAAAUGGAAGAGAAAUACAACUAUAUGACUAG